AUGCCUACAGGAAGCUGUCUAUGCGGAGAUAUUAAGAUCGUUUACACAGGCAAUCCACAGUAUACAGCCGUAUGCUACUGCCAUGACGACCGCAAAAUCAACAAUUUCCAAGUCUUCCAAAUUCCCAAGGCCAACUUUGCUGUGUCACAGGGCGAGCCAAAGGUUUACACCAAAAAAUCCGACCAUGGCAAUGAUAUCCAUAACCACUUCUGUGGCGCCUGCGGAACCACGCUGUUCCGUACCGGCGGCGAGCCGCGAAUGAAGGAUAACGUGGGCCUGCGAGCUGGCGUGCUUGAUGACCAGAGCAUUCUGGACAUUCCUCCUAAGGUGGAGGUAUAUGUAGAGCGCCGGCCGCCAUGGAUCAAACAGAUCGAGGGUGCAAUCCAGCUCAAUGGCAAAUACAAGAUUGUUUCAUAA